AGAUUAUACGGAAGCUGUCACGGUGUCGUAAAUUUGUCGCACAUAAUUGACGCCUCAUUCCGGUGUUACGAGAUGUAAACACGCGAGAUUUAGAAAUGGGGUGAAGAGUAAAUGUUUGUGAAAUGCAAAUAAUUUAAUACAUGAACGUCUCUGAUGCAGAAUUGAUGAUAAUGACAUCCUUCAACCGAGACGACAUUAAUCACUUGCUGAUGGAGGUGAGCCCUGACAUCCACAUCUGUGGCUUCUGCAAGCAGCAGUACAACAAUUUUGAAGUUUUUCUUGCACACAAGCAGAAUGGCUGUCAGAUUCCUACCACAGACAUAUCAGUCACAAGUACUGGAGCUGAUGAAACGGUGCAAGAGUUUCCUUUCGAGGAGGCACUACAGACCUGUGUGUCAAAGGCUGGGAAAAAGUCCAUUAAAACCCAGAAACCAGCCUCCAAAAAGCUGAAACCUGCGCUCACUCAAAAGCGACGCAUUUGCAGUUUUUCAGGUUGCACAUUCAAAACCCAGUAUGGCCAAAAGGACAUGGAAAGGCACAUGUUAACUCAUACUGGCGACAGGCCUUUCGAGUGCGAACUGUGCCACAAGCGCUUCAGCCGGCGGGACAAGCUGAACCUGCACAGCCGCUCACACACCGGGGAAAAGCCGCACAAGUGCAAGCACUGCACGUACGCCGCCGCAGACAGCAGCAGCCUGAAAAAGCACCUGCGCGUGCACUACGAUGAGAGACCCUUCAAGUGCCAGAUCUGCCCCUACGCCAGCCGCAACUCCAGCCAACUCACCGUGCACCUGCGCUCACACACAGGUGAUGCCCCAUUCCAGUGUAGUGAGUGCGGCGCCAAAUUCAAGAUCAACUCAGACUUGAAGCGCCACACACGCGUGCACUCGGGGGAGAAGCCGUACGCGUGCGAACUUUGCGAUUACCGAUGUGCCAUGAAAGCCAACCUGAAGUCGCAUGCCCGGCUGCGCCACGGUGCGUACGCCUGCGCGGAAUGUGACUUUCGGUGCACAGCCAAAACGGCACUGCGUGCACACUCCCGCCAGCACGCCCCCGCCCGCCCACUGCGCUGCACCUGCUGCCCGUACUCUUGCAACAGCAAGGGCGCGCUUAAGAAACAUGAGCGCGUGCACUCGGAUGAGCGUCCGUUCACAUGCCAUCGCUGCCCUUUCGCCAGCAAGCAGCGCGCCAACCUGCUCGUCCACAUGAAGAAGUGCCAUGGUGAGAAGGUUAUAGAGGGGCGCAGCAAGCUUGCCAAACGAGGAAAAGCAGGAGAUGAGUCUACCAGUCCUGUAGGUUCAAGGUAUCGGGUGAGGCUCGAAGCAGCCCGGGCGUUCCGCUGCAAUCUGUGCGACGCAUCAUUUGUGAGAGAAGAUUCACUACGAAGUCACAAGAGGCAGCAUAGUGACACAGAGAAACAGCUCCGACUCGCACAAUCACAAAAUAGUACCGUGAAACAAACGGAUAAAGGACCCGAGCAGGUUUCAUUUGCACUUACAAAUGGGUCGGGUCCUUCCUACGGAAACACACAACUCAAGAUCUUUGUGGCACCUCCUGUAGGUCAGGAAGGAACUUUCAUACAGGCAGCAGUGGACGUCCCAUCUUCUAAACCUGGAACCGUUCUGCUUAGUUCGGAAGGGCAGAAUGUAAUUCUCAACCCAAUAAUUCAGCAGGUUAGUCUGUUAACCCCGGUGCAACACUUGAGCCCACCAGAGGGCAGCCUCGAGCACCAGACUGUCUUAUUGACUCACAUCAGUGGCAGUGAAGAAAACCCUCUAUUACAGACAAAUGUUUCUUCACAGGUACCAAUCGAGACUCAGACCUUCAUCAGUUCCUCUUCAUCUUCAGAAAGCAGCCACGCAUACAUCACGGCUUGCUCGGACCUUGACAGCCUGCAUGCUCUCAUCCAACAGGGUGGUGCAGAGGUCACGGUGGUCACCGAGGGCCACACCUCCAUCACUACAGCAUCAUCAGCAAGCUCCACUUUCGAAUCUGCACUGGACAUCGAAACACCACCAUCUGACGAGAAGCUGAAGCAGUCAGACGAGGCGAAUCCGGCUCUGGACGAUGGUUUGGAUGUGGCUGAUAUGAGCAUUGAGACAUCUAGUUCCAUUCUUGUACACAAUGUUACCUUGUCAAUCUCGGAGCCGGAUCAGCCGGUCCCCAUCUACCAGCUCUCACCCCAUCACAUCUUCUCCGACUCUAAUCCGCCUGACAGGAUUGAGGACUAAGCAAGCGCAAAUCUGUUUCAGAAAUUCUUCAUGUUUGUUUAAAAGAGAUAUUUUUCUACUUAUUCAUGGCAUGCUGCUUAUUCAGAGUUCUUGUCUAGGUAGUAAGUAACAUAAUGGUUGUGGAAUGUAGACAUUUUGGAAUUGUUUUCAAAAGAGUAAAAUUGUUUCAAUCUUUUAUUUAUUAA